CCAAGGCCCACGUUGCUCUUCUUCAUCAGACAUUUCAGUUAGAUGGUUCCCAGAUAUCAUGUGACACUCUUGUACAUAAAAAAAAUGCAUUGGCCUUAUUGUGUGGUCUAAUACUUGUUUUUUCCCUCCCUCCUAGGUAAAAGAUUUAAAAAUUCUAAAAAUAUUUUUCCCCUUUCUCUGUGGACUUAAUGUAAGCUUAGUUUUGAUAUUUGCUUUCUAAGCCUUAACACCAUCAAGUCAAUCAGUAUCUGUUCUUUAAAAAUUGGGGUAGUUAAACCAUGAGUUGUGGACAUGAGUUCGUGGAAGUCUUAAAAAAAAUUGGCUAUCCCAAGGCUGAUACACUAAAUGGAGGAGACUUUGACUGGUUGUUUGAGAGUGCUGAAGACGAGUCCUUUUUGAAGUGGUUUUGUGGAACUGUGAGUGAACAGAACGUAUUGUCUGAAGAAGAAUUGCAAGCCUUCAGCCGCCUUCAAAAAUCUGGUCAGCCCAUCCUUGAAGAAGCAGCACUGGAUGAAGUUCUUAAAACCUGCCAGCCUUUGGAUCUGAAGAAACCUCGAGUGGAUGGCAAAGAGCUGGAGAAAUUGGAGGAGGAGGUUCAAGUGUUGCAGAAAUUAAAGAACCUCAGAAUUCAGCGGCGGAAUCAAUGCCAGCUGAGGGCUUCGGUGGUGAGCCACAAGCCUCUGAAGCUCCACGCUACCGGAGAAGCGGCCAUGAAAAAGCUGAAGCAGAGUCAAGGAAUUCUAAAUGCAGUGAACACAAAAAUCAGUAAGGAACUUCAGGCACUUACAGAUGGAGUUGCAAAAUUGAUGAUGUUCUACAAACCUCCUGAUGGAGGGCAAGGGACAAACCUACUGGUGUUUUUAUCCCAGUUUUCCUUGGAAAAAUACCUAAGCCAAGAAGAGCACAGCACGGCAGCACUGACCUUAUAUACCAAACAACAGUUCUUCCCAGGUAUACAUGAAGUAGUGGAAAGUUCAAAUGAAGAACAUUUUCAACUGUUGGAUAUACAGGCACCAUCUAUUUGUGAUAACCCAGAAAUCCUUGAGGAGAGACGGCUAGAGCUGGUGAGGCUGCAGCUGGCAUACAUUUGUGCUCAACAUCAGUUAAUUCACUUGAAAGCAAGCAAUUUGGGCCUCAAAUCAAGUGUAAAAUGGACUGAGGAGAACCUUCCUGUCUUAACCAGCAAGGCUGUUGGAAAAGAAAAUUUGGAUGCUAAAAUUUCCAGCUUGAACAGUGAGAUUCUGAAACUUGAAGAACAAAUCAGUCAUAUGAAAAACAAAAGUUUGCCUGCUGUGGUAAAGGAGAAUGCUCAAUUAUUGAAUAUGCCAGUUGUAAAGGGGGAUUUUGAUCUCCAGAUUGCUAAACAAGACUGUUAUACAGCAAGACAAGAGUUAGUUUUAAAUCAGUUGAUAAGACAAAAGGCGUCAUUUGAACUUCUACAUUUAGCGUAUGAAAUUGAAUUGAGAAGACAUGGGGACAUAUUUCGUCAACUUGAUAAUUUGGUUCAGGAACUAAGUCAAAGUAACAAGAUGCUACACCAGCGCUUAGAAAUGAUAAAAGACCCAUCAGUAUCUCAGCAGAUAAACCCAAGAAAUACUAUCGAUACCAACGAUCAUUCCACUCAUAGACUCUACCAACUUCUAGAAGGAGAGAAUAAACAAAAAGAACUGUUCAGAACCCACGGAAGCCUGGAGGAAGCUGCUGAGAAACUAAAACUGGAUAUUUCUGUAUUACGAGAUCAGUUGGCAAUAUCUGUUAAAGAACAUUCUUUCUUUCUGUCUAAACUGAAUAAUGGAGUGGAUGUGCUUUGUGAAACUUUGUAUCAAGGAGGAAAUCAGCUUUUGCUUACUGAUCAGGGUCUCAUGGACCAGUUUCGUCAAGUUGAGUCUCACCUGAAUACGUUAAAUCAGUUCCUCACAGAUAUUCUUGCUGAUGUGAAGGCUAAAAGGAAAAUUUUGGCAACUAAUAAACUGCAUCAGUUGGAAAGAGAAUUAUAUGUCUAUUUUUUUAAAAAUGAAGCUUACCUGCAAGAUAUUGUGGAAAAUUUAGAAAGUCAGUCAAAGAUGAAAGCUGUUGGUCUUGAAGAUUGAAAACUACUAAAAAUUGAAUCUUUACUACUGUCCUGA